CAAUCAUUAUAUAAAGAAAUUUAAUUGUGCGUAUAAAACGAAUCGACUUCGAGUCCAACAGCUUUGUAACACCUUUUAUUUAUAAAUAAAGUAGUUGGUUACAUACUUUAACAAUUGUCUCCGUAAAAUUUUGAUAUUAAACAUUAUUGGUAAUAUGUUGAAACAUAUUUUAUAUGUUAUAUUUGAUCGAAAUGUCUUGUGCGAGGCAAUUUAUUUUAGAAUAUUGCAUUCUGCAGAUAUUUGUUUUUAAUUUUGACACUCUUAUAUUUAUUCGCUUAUAUUAUAAUGCCAUAGUAAAAUUGCUCUAAAACUUGAGCCUAUAUUAUUCAACAGCAGAAAUAAUACUCGCAGCGAGUGACAUCGCACAAUCUUCGAAUGUCGAGUGAAUAAUUGCUCAUUGAAAUAUAAUAAGGUGCGCGUCUCGCGUAUAAUUAACUUCGGGAGUGCCGCAAAGUAUCGCGCGAUUGAUCGAUCAAGUGCGUGAGUAAUUAAUCGUAAUUAACAGUAUUUUUGCGAGUAUCGCAUUUUCGCGAGAGCCAUGGAGAAAGAACAAUGGAUGAACACGAGAGGAGGAGGAGGCCCAGGGAGGCAUCGGUCAUUGGCGGAGCAACUGUGAGAUCCACGAUGUAUACUACAAUCCGCUGCUGCGCAAUCGUACCGGAAGGAUUGGAGAACAAACAUGGGACAACAAUGCCAAGCAAUAAACAACCAUGCAACUCGUUGAUAUAUACCUUCGCCUGUCCAUUACCACGAAUCCGACUCGGAUCGAAUUCGAGUGCCUCGGUCGACGAGAUCGGCAAGGGUAUCUCGCAGCAGCUGUGGGAAGGGAGGAGCCAUCUUGCGGCCUGUUUCAGGGCAGCCGCCAAUUGAUUCACCCCCACUAGACGCCGCAACCAGGCGUCGAUUCAAUUCCAGGACGAAAAAAGCGUCCGGUGGGCAUGGCCGUCUCGUAUUUCUAUUGGUCCAACAUCCCGCAUCAUCCACGAGUUCGCUAUACGCUCGUCCAAUCGCCGGCUUCUGGGCGGAUCCUGAAACCAGUUUUGGUCUCGCUAACAGAGGGGAGUCGUUGACUCGAGUCUCUGGGCAGAUAGUAUUGUGCCGUUGGCUCAUGCCGUAGUGGUUCUAAUACCACAGCAGGUCCUUGCUACCAAGGAAAUCCCGGAGAUCCGCCUGUCGCACGCACUGAAUUCGCGAAGGUCGCGAGGACCCGGAAGUUUCCGGUGACGUGUCACGGCCGAAAAACUGUCGCGAAUGUGCGCGUUACAGUGCUUCGAUCGCGGCCGCGGACAUUAAUUUUAGACUAUAUCGAGAGGAAUCACCUCUGCAAAUCGUGGAGCUUUCAGUGACGUCAGGUGGAAGACCACAAAGGACUUUUGAAAAGAUUUUGUUAUCGUCGAAAGUCAUUAAGCUUUAAUCGACCAGCUUGACAAGUGAAGGAUUGGUUAUAUUGAUGAUUAUGUGAUAAACUUGACAUUUGCUGUUGUUGAUCAUGGACAUAUGAUUGAAAUAUUGUAUUCUGAUUUGUGAUAUCGCUCCAACUUGUUCAAAAAAAUCAUUAAAAAACAUCGUGAAGUUAGCCGACGGCUAGCGGAAUCCUACCAAUCGUCUACCUGACAGGCAAUUCUCGACGCAGUAAACAUUACAAAAUAUGUGAAGCAUUAUUGUUUAUAUUUUGGAUCAUGGAUUGAUCUGCAGAUUCCACGACGAAAACAUCCAAAAACCAGGAAUGAUAGAUGUUGGAAGACAGUAAAUAAUCGCGGACUGUGGUCGAAGAUUAUAGACUAUUUUUUAAGAUUAAGCUCUCUUAAAAGAUCAAUGAUUGAGAUGAAUUUGUGCCAUAAUCGAGAAGAUUUAGAAUGGCAGAUGUAAAAGUCCAUUCGAAACAGCGAGAUCUAAAUUUUUAUAAACAUCUCAAUGAUCAUCAUAAAUUAGUGAUUUAUAGACAGUGAUGAUCUAUGGACUGUAUCUUCGUUCAGUAGUGAUCGUGCUCCAGAAGGCCUAGAAUGGAAGAUGUAAACAGGCGUUGAGAUCAGAAACACUUAACGAUUCUAGGCAUCAGAUCUUGCAAUUUCUCGCCUCCCUUUCUCAUAAACACAUGAUUCCGGCGCGCUAGUGAUCGGACGUGAUCUCUUCCUCUCCUGGUGAUCGGGCCUGAUCCUCGACGAUUGAUGCAAGCGGACUGAUCUCUCUCUCUCGAAGGAGAGACAACAACCGGCGAGUUGGUACCGAAGAUGGUCCUGGAGCCUGGAGGCGGUCUGUCCUUUCCGUUGCCGCCCGGCAGCGGCUCCAGCGCUUCCGGUGGAUCCUUGCUGGCCCCGACCAGGCUGUUUCAACGAACGACGCCGGUGUUCCCGUUCCAUUUGGCAGGAUGGCCGCCUCAUCAUCCGGUUCUGGGACAGGUGCAAAGCCAGGUACAGCAGAGCAUGCAGGCCCAGCAUCAGGCUGCUGCCGCGGCGGUCAGAUUCCUCAGCCAUCAUCACCCGCAUCAUCCGCAUCCGACGUUGAGCAAUCAUUCGCUGGUACCGGCGAUCACCGGGCAUCAUCCCGCUGUACAUCAUCUGCAUCAUGCUGCUGAUCACGGAGAGGAAGAGGACGAGAAGAAAGGUUGCGACGGGGAGUCGGACGAGGGUGGGAACAAGAGGCGAAGAAGUAGGACUAACUUCAACAGUUGGCAGUUGGAAGAAUUGGAGCGGGCCUUUCUGUCGAGUCAUUAUCCCGACGUCUUUAUGCGAGAAGCUCUGGCUGUGAGACUGGAAUUAAAGGAGAGCCGCGUGGCAGUGUGGUUCCAAAAUCGAAGGGCAAAAUGGCGGAAGAAGGAACACACGAAGAAGGGCCCGGGAAGGCCGGCGCAUAAUGCUCAUCCUCAGAGUUGUAGCGGCGAGCCUAUUCCACCCGAAGAACUAAGACGGAAGGAGCGCGAGAGGCGACAGAAAAAGUUGCUGAAGGCUCUCGAGAGACAACAACGGAAACUUGCUGCUAAAGGUAUAACAGUGGACCUGUCGACACUGCGCGCCGAGUGGGAAUCUCGUAGCGAGGCGGCGUCGGGUCGCGGCACCGCGAGUGGUCCCCUGAGCAGCUCGUUCGGUCAGCUGGGCCUGAAUAGCGAGAGCAGCAUCUCCGCGUCCGGUAACGAUGCCAACGAGGAGAUUGACGUCGUCGGCGGAUUGGAUUCCUGCAGCGAGAGCGGAAGCGAACGGAUGGACUCCGCGGCCGACGGUUCCGUGGACGGCGAGUGUUAUCCGACGCUCAACAGUAGUGUUAACGAGACCAGCGAGCCGCGGAAGAAUCCGCAGAAUCCGCCGCCGAUGGAGCAUCUGAACCACCAAGCCGGUAUUCACCAUUGGGGCUUGAGCCUGCUGGAGCGACGACGCGAGCUGGUGGGAGUCGUCGGAACGGGCCGUCAACAGUCGGUCGGCACCGGCGCCAGGAAUAAUCUGAUCAGGCAGGCCGCCAGCGAGGAGGAGGUCCAGAGCGGCAGCAUUGAUCUCUCGGUGAAGGGCAGAGAGGAGAGAAAGAGGCUGAAUCCGUUCUCCAUCGAGAGCCUGUUGGGGAACAAUAACCGGACCUCGAGCGUGGCGUCGGAGCGCAGGCCGUUGACGCCGACGUCGCCGACGUCACCCGCCUCGUCGGCCUGCACGUCGCCCUCCACGACGUAGUGAACAGGCGCGGAUGGGACGCCGAGAGGUGAGCCGGAUUAAAGUUGACGCGCGAGAGAUUCGAGGGUGGCGAAGUGUAAUUAGCCGAGGUUCCUCCUCUGUGCGGGAGUUGUCGGUGACGGUGAAGUGCAUUCAUCGAAUAAAUCGCGUGGGCCGAAGUGGCGAAAACCUUCGGGACUCACUUGUUCUCCCGUCGAGAUAAUUGCGCGAGAGGACCAAUCGUGAUAAGGGUUGAACUGGGCAAGUAAUAUUCCCGUUCACAUUUUUAUCAGGAUGUUUUCGCUUUGAUCGAAACCGAUAGAUUUUCAUCGUGCAUAUUCUCGCGUAUAGACAUUUUCAUGUUCUUCGCCGCGAAUGCGUCUGAGUUCUCGGUAUCCCGAAUUUCUUUCGAGUCCGGAGGAAAUCAAGGGAAACGAAAAAAAUCUACGAAUAGAAGGUGAAUUUUAGAGAGAUCCGAAAAUUAAAAUCGGAAUUUCUUUGACUCGAGAGGGAUUCGAGGAUCCGAAGAUUGCAUCUCAUCGGCGUGGAUCGGCAAGACUUAUAUCACUUUGACAUAUCGAAUGCAUGGAUGACCGUUAUAGAUCGAGUGCGUUUGAUUUCGUCCAUUGUGUUUCCUUGAAAAAAAAAGAAUGAAAAAAUGUGCAAUAAACGCGGACGAGCUCGCCGCUAGGCGGGUUGUCUGUCUUUGAGGUAUGUAAGAGAGAGAAA